CGCGUCCAAGACUGGCUCCCGCUACGCGAAGGAUACCUGGAUGAGAUCCUACGACUCGAGGGCCGACGUGGGUACGAAUUCAGUGCGUGUGCCGGAUGCUGCACUCCGAGUAUACGGGAGGGACGUCUCUACCGAUGUCUCGAUUGUAUGGUCGUCUCUCCUCAAUGCAUCUCAUGCUUAUUGAGCCUGCACUCCGGUGCAAGCUUCCGGCAUGCAUUACACCGUCCGGAGCGAUGGAAUGGACACUACUUCGAACGGGUGGGCUUGGCGGACCUCGGACUCGUGGUCCAAAUGGGGCACGAUGGAAAGCACUGUGCCAAUCCUUCCACGGCACGGCGGAUCACGGUGUUCCAUUCUAACGGCUAUCACCACGUCAACGUCAGGAUGUGCGAGUGUUCGACGGCUACUUCCGACGCCCCUGCGCCGUGGCGACAAUUUCUGCGCGCCGACUGGUUUCCAGCUACGCACACACGCCCUUCGACCGCGUUCACCAAUCAAGUUCUCAAGCUCUUUCACGAGCUAACUUUGCAGGCAAAGACAAAUUCGUACGACUUCUACCAGAGCCUCUUGCGAGUUACCGACAACUCGGGCACGACUAAGCAUCCUUUCUGUCAUACCGUCCGCCUGUGGAGGCAUCUUCGGCAACUCAAGCGGGGUGGUCGCGGCCACGACCCCGCUGGAGCAUCUGCUACCCCACCCGGCUCAUUAGCGGUGGUAUGUCCAGCUUGUCCCCAUCCCGAGAAGAACCUACCACAAGACUGGGACCUUGCGCCGCCCGAUAAGCUAUGGCUAUACACGUUGUACCUGAUGAUGGAUGCCAAUUUCCGAUGUCGGUGCAAAGAUCGCGGUCUGGAUGACAUCUCCUUGGCUCCUGGAUGGUCGUAUUACGUGGAUGACAAGAAGUUCCAGGAAUAUUUACGGAAUGACUGCGGCUUCGAGACCGAGCACAACACUUGCUCUGCAAAGCACAAUGCAAUAUUAAAGGCAAACCUCCGAAAGGAAGGAUACGUCGUGUCCGGCAUCGGCGCGGUUCUGUGCGCUCGCCAUGCGUUCUUCCGACCGAACGGCGCCGGGGACCUCCACCUCGGAGAGAAGUACGUAAACUCGUUCCCAUACAUGGACUACUUCUUGAUUUCCACCCUGCUCGGCGUGAUCCUGUUCCUAUUAGUGAUAUCGUAUGAUGUCGCCUGCCAAUACUGCCGAAACUUCGAACACCGCGUGGCCCGAAAUUUCCCGGUGGAGAUGCGCCCCAACCUUGAGGACGUCAACGUGCGCUGGAUGAUCCCCAAGAACCACAUUGCCGUUCACGGCCCCAACCACUCACGCUACUCCUUCAACUUCAACGACAAGGUCGGCAGGACGUACGGCGAAGGCGUCGAAUCAUCUUGGUCCCACCUCAACCCCGCAUCCAUGAGCACACGGGAGAUGGCUCUCGCAACACGCCACGAGGUCCUGGACGAUCAUAUGGCCGCGUGGAAUUGGCAGAAGGUUAUCGGCCUCGCGGAUCACCUUCUCAGGAGCUUGACCACAGCACGCAAAAUGGCACAGAAGCAUCGCGCUCUGUUCGAAGAUUUCUCCUCCACCUUCGAGCCCAACGUCGUCCAGGAGUGGACCCGCCUAGUGGACGUGUGGUGUGCUGACCCGAGUUCCGUGGCUGAUCCCUUCGAGGAGCCUCAAGCAAAUAUUCGUUGCACUCAGGUUCACCUGGAAUUCGCUCGAGAAGAGGCGAACAUGACGACAUUGCAAGAUCUCCCGCAGCUGGACAUGACACCGGGAGUAUUCGUACAGGUUGGGUUGGAUUUGGAGGAACUACAGUGCGUCUCUCAUCCGAUUCGUUCAAAAGUGUCCUCCCAGCACUCGGACAAGGACCUCGUCGACUUGCUGCAACAACGCAAUUCCCUCCGUCGGCGCAUCUACCUCUGGGUGGAGACACAACAUGUGUAUAUGCCCGCGGUUGUUCAGUUCCGUAUUCAGACCAACGCCACUCUCCCCCUGCCUCCGGACGACACAGCCUCAGACGGAACCCCGGAGAACGACAACGACAACGCCGACGUCAAUGCGGAAGAUCUUGCUCUAUGUCUACCCUCCGCUCUCCCCGCCCCCCUGCGUAUUGGCGACUUCACCCAGCGACUUAUCGAUCUCGAGCGACGUCUCCGCCUCGCACAAAUCGACGAUAGCCUCUCCGACAUACGACGCGUCCGACGUAUGCUGACGGGCAUUUCGGAGUUCAAGCGCCUCCAUAUCUCCGGCACCGGUAAUCGCGCGAACGCGAGGUCUCGCACCUUGUACAAGACCUUCCUCAGCAAGCAGGCACGCGCGGCGGAGCGCUACCGCGCAGCAUACCACACUCUCCUGAGCCUCGACCCGAACGGUGCUUGGCGACGCACCUUCCGCAAACUCCUUGACUCCCAUCUCACGGGCCCGGGGUCCGGUCCCAAGAAGCCCGGCGAGGGAUUGCGCGAGAUGUCGUGGAUCUGGCUAGUACAACACCACGAGAUCGACGAGAACUCGGAGGACUCAGAGGUGCGCCAAUACAACGACAGUAUGCGUGCUGAGUGGGCCAGGACAAAGGCGAGGGCGGAGAGGUGGGAGGAAGAGGUAGAGCUUCUAGUCGAGGAGAUGCGGCGUGUCCUCGCGUUCUUCCAGUACGAGGCCGAUUGGUGGUUACACAUCGUCGACCGGCGCGCAAAGUUCCCGCUCCGCGUCCCUACGCCCUUCGACAUCAUCGACGGUGUGUGCGCUUAUGCUCAUCGCCAGGCUUCUGUGCGGCGCUCGCUCGUCGUGAAGUUCGCGCGCCUCUGGUUGCCACGCCUCCGCGAGUACUCCAUCGACGCCGACUGGGUUUCUCAAUACAGGGACUUGAUUGGUGAUGCUAGCCCGGUGAACACUAGCGACAAUUUGCCGGUUGGCCCGUCUGAUGAUGUGAUGUCCGAGAGCGACGAGGAGGACGUUUAG